UAAAAUAAAACAACUCUUCUUCUGAUAAAAACAAGAAGAAGAAAAAAACUAAAAAAAAACGUGCCUUCCAACCUAUCCCGGGCCUUACAGUUUAUCCAAUCAUGGGCAGCCUAAACACCCAAGAGCCCGAAAUCAAACCAUUUGAGCCCGAAGAGUUCCGAAGGCACGCUCAUUUAGUCAUCGAUUUCAUCGUCGAUUACUACAAAAACAUCGAAAAUUACCCGGUCCGGAGCCAGGUCGAGCCCGGUUAUCUCUGGAAACGCGUCCCGGAUUCCGCCCCCAACGGGCCUGAGCCCAUGGAGGACAUCCUCCGCGACGUGCGCAACGACAUUGUCCCGGGCCUUACGCAUUGGCAAAGCCCGAACUUCUUCGGCUACUUCCCGAGCAACAUGAGCACGGCCGGAUUCCUCGGUGAGAUGCUCUGCACCGCCUUCAACACCCCGGGAUUCAACUGGAUCACCUCCCCUGCCUCUACAGAGCUCGAGAACAUCGUGAUGGAUUGGAUCGGGAAAAUGCUGCAGCUUCCUCAUGAGUUUUUGUUUUCCGGCGGCGGCGGUGGCGUGAUUCAGGGGACGACAUGCGAGGCGAUCCUCUGCACUGUCGUGGCGGCCCGGGAUAGGAUGUUGCAGAAAAUCGGGCUGGAGAAUAUCACGAAAUUGGUUGUUUACGCCUCCGAUCAGACGCAUUCGGCCUUCCAGAAGGCCUCCCAGAUCGCUGGGAUCCGGCGUGAGAAUUUCCGGGCCGUCGGGACGACGGCCCAAAAUGCUUUUUCCAUGACACCGGACGGGCUUCGGGCCGCGAUCGAGGCCGACGUUAAGGCCGGGCUCGUUCCCCUGUUUUUGUGCCCGACCGUCGGGACCACGUCGUCCACCGCCGUGGACCCGCUCGGCCCGUUGUGUGACGUGGCAAAGGAGUACGGUAUGUGGGUCCACGUCGACGCGGCCUAUGCCGGGAGCGCGUGCAUAUGCCCCGAGUUCCGGCACUUCCUCGAUGGCGUCGAAAAGACGGACUCUUUUAGUUUCAACCCUCAUAAAUGGUUCUUCACCACAAUGGACUCUUGCUGCCUCUGGGUGAAGGACCCGGGUUCGCUCAACGACGCACUGUCAACGAAUCCCGAGUACCUGAAAAACAAGGCCUCAGAGUUGAAGUGCGUCGUUGAUUACAAAGACUGGCAAAUUUGCCUGAAUCGUAGGUUUCGGUCGCUCAAGCUCUGGCUCGUGCUCCGGACCUACGGGGUGUCGAAUAUGCAGAAUUUCCUUCGCCGCCACGUGGGCAUGGCGAAGGAAUUCGAGUGCUUUGUGAGGAAGGAUGCGAGAUUCGAGGUGGUGGUGCCUAGAAACUUCUCCACUAUAGUUUUUCGCGUUUCGCCCGUGGGGACCUAUCCUGACUCGCCACGUGUCUUUGGGGACCAAGGGGCGAAUGAGCUGACCGCGAAGCUGCUGGAGUCAGUCAACGAGUCCGGGAAGGUGUUCAUGACGCAUGCCGUGGUCGGGGGCGUGUAUGUGAUCCGGGUCGCGGUCGGGGCGACCCUAACCGAGGACCGGCACGUUAACCUAGCGUGGGAUGUGGUGCAGGAACACGCGAGUCAGAUGCUCUUGACGCUGACCUGAAAGUGUUGGAGUUGUACUCAUUAACUAGGGUUUGUUGUUGAAUUUAAAUUUUUAAUUGUGUUUUCUUGAGAUGAAGGGAACUACAAAUUUGGGAUUUCUAUUGCAAAUCGUGUUGUAUCUUUUGUUCUAAAUAUGUUGUGGGAAUUUUGAGUGUUUACUUUUGUCCAUUUUCUUGGUCAAAUAAAACCUCCUUUUGUAAAAGGGUACAUUGCUAUAUGUUGUGGUGUACGUUGUAUUUAAUAUUUCUCGUAGUGUUAUGUAAGAAUUACAUAUGAUACAAACUUUGGUUUUCA